AUGGAUCCCUCUGUGCCGCUCGUUGUCGAUAACGGAACUGGUUUCGUUAAAGUCGGAUACGCCGGGUCCAACUUUCCCGAACAUGUAUUCCCAUCUAUCAUUGGUCGACCUAUUUUGCGCGCCGAAGAGCGCGUCGGCGACGCGGUGAUCAAGGACAUCAUGGUCGGCGACGAAGCCGCCGAACUACGAAACUACCUACAAGUCACGCAACCGAUGGAGCACGGCAUCGUGCGCAACUGGGAGGACAUGAAACAUCUUUGGGACUAUACCUUCACCGAGAAGUUGCGCAUCGAUCCGGCUGGGAGGAAGGUCUUAUUGACGGAACCGCCGAUGAACCCGAAGGUCAACAGGCAGAGGAUGGCGCAGGUCAUGUUCGAAGAGUAUGGAUUCCAGGGCGUGUACGUCGCUAUUCAGGCCGUUUUGACACUCUACGCACAGGGUCUCACGACUGGUGUUGUCGUCGACUCCGGAGACGGUGUCACGCACGUUGUACCCGUGUACGACGGUUUCGCACUGCCACAUCUAACGCGCCGCCUCGACAUUGCCGGCCGAGAUGUAACGCGCUACCUCAUUAAGCUAUUACUCAUGCGAGGAUACGCGUUUAACCGUACCGCUGACUUCGAGACCGUGCGCGAGAUCAAGGAGAAGCUUUGCUACGUCAGCUACGAUCUUGACGUUGACGCGAAACUGUCCGAAGAGACCACCACCCUCGUCGAAUCUUAUACUCUCCCGGACGGCCGCACAAUCAAAGUUGGCUCCGAGCGCUACGAGGCGCCAGAAUGCAUGUUCCAGCCGCAUCUCGUCGACGUCGAACAACCCGGUGUAGCCGAGAUGCUCUUCCAGACCAUCCAAGCCGCAGCCGUCGACGUCCGCUCGGAGCUGUACAAGCACAUCGUGCUAUCUGGUGGAAGCAGCAUGUACCCGGGAUUGCCGAGUAGGCUGGAGAAGGAGAUGAAGCAGCUGUACUUGACGAGGGUGUUGAACGGUGAUCCGUCGCGCUUGAACAAAUUCAAGAUCAGGAUCGAGGACCCGCCGCGCAGGAAGCACAUGGUCUUCCUCGGCGGCGCUGUGCUCGCGGAUAUCAUGAAGGGGCGCGAGGAGUUCUGGGUCACUCGCGACGAGUGGUACGAGCAGGGUCCCGAGCGCGCGUUGGCGAAGCUUGGGCGUGGAGAGUAG